CCUCACUCUGACCCAAACUUGACCUUACUCUAUUAUACAAAUCCUCUUGCUCGCUGGAUUAUACAACUCGGGGAAAGAGGCCAGCACUUCUAUACAUACAAUUGAUACAACACUAUGGCCCCCAGUCUCUUGCUAGAUCAAGAAUCGCCCCCACCUGCCUCUGUUCAUCCUGCCAAGCAAACACUCAAAGAGGCCCACGCCCCUGUUGGUGGCGACCUUUCCUUCACUUCUGAUUCUACCAGCAACGGCAAUGGUAUCCAUCUUGGAAACGGGACCAAUGGCUUCCUAACGGGCAAUGGUGUACCGGGUGGUCAGCAAGGCGGCCACGACUUCAUUUCCGCUCAAACCCUUCGUCAACAAUCCGAGACCUAUGCAUCUCAGAGUCGCAUCCUUGGUGACGGGAAACGUCCAAACAUUCUGUACAUCAUGGCUGACCAGAUGGCUGCUCCAAUGCUAAAGUUCAAUGACCCAGAGUCAGUGAUCAAGACACCACGCCUAGACGAACUCGCUCGAACAGGUGUCAACUUUGCGAGCGCUUACUGCAAUUCACCUCUAUGUGCACCAUCCAGGUUUACCAUGUGCAGCGGUCAACUCCCCUCAAAAAUUGGCGGAUACGACAAUGCUUCCAUUCUGGGCCCAGAGGUCCCCACCUAUGCUCACUAUCUCCGCCGAGAGGGUUACGAGACUGCGCUGGCUGGGAAGAUGCACUUUAUCGGUCCUGACCAACUCCAUGGAUUUGAACACCGACUCACCUCCGACAUCUACCCUGGAGACCUGGGCUGGUCCGUAAACUGGGAUAAGCCAGAAGAGCGUCAAGAGUGGUACCACAACAUGUCGUCAGUCAUGCAAGCCGGCCCAUGUGUGCGCUCCAACCAACUAGACUACGACGAGGAUGUCAUGCACAAGGCUCAACAGUACCUCUACGACUAUGUCCGAUCAGAUCCCGAGACUCGCCGGCCGUUUGCUUUGACCAUCUCUCUAACCCAUCCACACGACCCCUAUACCAUGAUUCGGGAAUAUUGGGAUAGAUACGAGGGUGUGGAUAUUCCUCUACCCAAGGUCGAGAUUGCUCAAGCCGACCAAGACACGCAUUCGCAGCGACUCCUCAAGACCAUUGACCUGUGGGACAACCCAGUACCAGACGAGGCCAAGAUCCGCGCCCGACGUGCAUAUUUUGCCGCCUGCAGCUUCGUUGAUGACCAGGUUGGUAAACUCGUCAAGCUUCUGAAAAAUUGUAAGCUAGACAAGGACACGAUCGUUGUUUUUUCUGGGGACCAUGGCGACAUGCUUGGUGAGAGGAGCCUGUGGUACAAGAUGAGCUGGUAUGAGAACAGUUCCAGAGUGCCCAUGAUCAUCAAUGGCCCCAACAUUGCACCCAAGCAAGUCAAGGAGUCAGUGUCUACGAUGGAUCUGCUGCCAACAUUUGUCGACCUGGCUGGGGCCAAGGUUGAUGAACGCCUGCCCCUCGACGGCACCAGUUUAUAUGAGUAUUUAGUGUCUGACAAGCCAGGCAAAGAUGAAGUGUUUGGUGAGUACAUGGGCGAGGGAACUGUCACUCCAACGUAUAUGAUUCGCCGCCAUGAGUGGAAGUUCACCUUUUCUCUCGCGGACGGGCCACAGCUCUACAAUCUUGUCGAAGAUCCGCAAGAGCUUCACGAUCUUGCAAGGUCCACGGAGCCUCACAACCGGAAGGUGCUCGCCAAGUUCGAGGCUGAGGCGCGUGAGAAGUGGGACUUUACCAAGAUCCACAACGACGUUCUACUCAGCCAGCGCAUGCGUCAGCUUGCUUGCGGUGCGCUGAAGAUUGGGCGCAAGGAGUCGUGGGACUACCAGCCCCCAUACAACGACCGAGACCGCUUCAUCCGGUCCCACAUUCCGUUGGAUGAGCUGGAGCGGCGUGCUCGGUUCCCUGUAGUGGACUACCUGGGUCGCGAGAAGUCUGCUGCGGCAACCCACCAUGGCCUUGCGGGCGCGGCCGGCGAGUGAGGAGACAGAUGUUCAGGGAUGAGCAGUUUUUCUUCGUUCCAUCAUUUCUUUUGAUAACUCUUUUCGAAAGGGGAUUUUUCCCGCUUUUUUUCUUAUGAUUUGGUUGGGGUCACAGCUUCCCGUUGGUCUUGCAAAUUAGCGAUAAGGGCGUUAUGGUUUUACGGACUUUGACGAGGAUGUAAGUAUGGCGUGGUAUUGGGCAUCCAACAUGAUGAGAUUCGGGUUUAUGGGGGCAUUCAUGAUGGAGUUUGGCAAUAUAUGAUGUAUUACUGUAAUGUGCAUGUACGAGGAUGCACAUACGCAGGAGCGGUGUGCACAGACAGGUAGUAAGGUUAGAGGCAAAUGUAAAUCAACCGAAAACAGCGCAAACCUUGCUGGGGAAAUGUUGAGUGUCGGUGAGAAUUAAAUUUGGUUGUCAUGCAAGAAGG